AUGGUUGAACAGUUCUCACCGCAAACCUCAAACGUGUCAUCGAGAAAUGCGGUCUCGGUGUCUUCUACAUCCCACGACGAAGAAACAUGCUCCAGGACUUGCUUUUGUUCCAUGACCAGUACUUCGAAAUCAUGUGCCAAGACCCUGGUGAUAGAAUCAAUCGUUAUCUCUUCGCCCUGUGUAGACCGAGUGUUUACGACUACGGUUCUAGCAGAAGUAAAUACCACGGGUCUGAAUAUAACCGCUUCCACUCCUACCGUAUCUAGCUCCUUCUCCCAAUUUACGGCAACAAGCUCUUCGAAAGACUCUGAAUCUUCUUCCGAGAUAAAGCCUACAGCAGGCGAUGACGCAGCUUCAACCAUAACAAAAGAAACACCAACAUAUACUUCACCUUCUACAACCAACGUGGCUACAUCUUCUUCUAGUAAUAAGGACAACACAGCGACAUCAUCAAAAGUUGACAUAGGCAUUGGCUCCGCCAUUGGGGGAACUCUAAUUGUCGGAGUCAUCCUUUGGCUUCUCUUUCGGCGAAACAGGAACCCAAUGAAUGUGCGGACCCACGAAUACGACAAUUCUCUGGAGGAUGGCUCCUUGGUUGAAGAAGAAUUGCCAAUCAGGGGAGGGGUAAUCACCAAUGUCGACAUAUUUUUGCCGCAACCUGCAGACGAUAAUGCAAUUGUUGAUGCACUAUCGAAAAUUCGUGAUGAUAUCAAGAACCAUGUCCAGAACUACUAUCACAAUGAUGACAUCCAAGCAGAAUUGAUUGAUGGGACUGAGGUGGAGGAGCUUGCUCGCGAGAUUUCAGCGCCCCCUUCAACCGUGCAGAAUCUUCUCUUGAAUUCAGAAACAAGACUGGAAGCUAUUCGCCUGUUCUUAGCACAUUUAAUUCUUUCCAGCUGGGCGGGACAAACCAAAUAUCAAGCAUCACUUCUACCGAGGGAAAUUGCAUUCACUGCUAGUUCACUGCCUGCAGCGGACCACACCGACUUUGCACAGCUGGCACUUUACAGCAAAUGGAAAACGAUCACCGCAGCUUUAUUGCAAGGUCAAUAUGGAAACGAACUUGGAGACAAUGACCCACCCAACGAGAGUAUCAAUCUCAUGAUCGCCACAGCGGAUUCGGUUCUUCGCCCAUUUGUCGGUCAAGCCGAGUCAGAUGCACGCCAACACAACCUGAGAGCCAUAGUGAAGAGGGCGGCCCGGUUUGCAUUCCUGUUGUUUUCCUAG